GUCUCACUCUCACCCUGUCAUUUUGACAUUUUCAAAGUCAUUGUGGCUUCGCGUCUUAUAUUUGUGGUUAACUUCUAUUUUCGCAAAUUCAAUUUUAUUACUCUAAAAAUGUUCCGCAAUCAGUACGACAGUGACGUCACAGUAUGGAGCCCGCAAGGUCGUCUCCAUCAAGUGGAAUACGCUAUGGAGGCAGUGAAACUUGGCUCAGCUACAGUUGGACUGAAGAAUAAACAGUUUGCAGUACUUAUAGCAUUAAAACGAGCUGUGAGUGAACUGUCUGCGUACCAGAAGAAGAUUAUACCAAUUGAUGAUCAUAUUGGUAUUUCCAUUUCUGGUUUAACCGCUGAUGCUCGUAUGCUGAGUCGUUUCAUGAGGACAGAAUGCCUCAAUCAUCGGUAUUCUCAUGAUGCACAAAUGCCAGUUGGGCGUCUCAUCUCACUGGUAGGGAACAAAAUGCAGAUUUGCACUCAGAGAUAUGACAAGCGGCCACUCGGUGUGGGUUUACUGGUAGCUGGAUAUGAUGAUCAAGGACCGCAUAUCUACCAGACUUGUCCUUCAGCAAACUUCUUUGACUGCCGUGCUAUGGCUAUCGGAGCUCGGUCACAGUCGGCCAGAACUUACUUAGAGAAGCAUCUUAAUACAUUCAUGGACUGCGAUCUCCAAGAACUUGUGGCUCACGGAUUGAGAGCAUUGAGGGAUACUCUGCCUAAUGAAGUAGAACUAAAUACUAAGAAUGUGUCUAUAGCUGUAGUGGGGCCUAAGACCCCGUUGCGUGUGAGUGACGAGGCCGCGUUAAGCCGCUACUUGUCGCUGGUGGAG